AUGGCGAGGUUCCUCCUCCUUACUUUGCUCCUGUUCGUUGCCGCUGUGUGGGCACAAGAAGGUCUCUUGUUCUCAAGGACCGACAACGAAUGCGACAGAUGGUGUCACGAAAAAUAUAAGCACAACGACCACGAGUGCAAAGACAUGGCCAAGAAGGGCAAGGGGCCAUGCUACGAUUGCGGGCCCAAGAAGCGCCAUGACUCCAAAUACGACUUCUGUCACGACAAAUGUUACGACACCGACAAGCACAAGGACCAUUGUGGCAAAUGCUACAACAAGUGCGACCGGAACGAGGACUGCGAGCAUGGUCGGUGCAAGUGCGAGCCCGGCAAGAACCGAUGCCGCUCUGACGGCAGAUGUCACAACUUUGAUAAGGACCAGGAUCACUGCGGCAAAUGUGACAACAAGUGUGACAAGAACGAGAACUGCGAGAAUGGUCAAUGCAAAUGCGAGCACGGGAAGAAGCGUUGUGGACAUGAGAAGAAAUGUUACGACCUCGAGAAGACCGAGGAUCACUGUGGUAUGCCGGUGCGACAAUAA